AUGUUCACGGUGGAGAAGCAUGUUGAGAUGACCACGAACCAUCAACAACAAACCCACAUCAGUUUAAAUAGCUGCAACAACAACAACAACAACAAAAACAAUAAUAAAAACAACAAAAACAACAAAAGGAUUCUGAAUAAUGAAGAGGGGCUAGCACGAGCAUGCAGUUUGGCAUUAGAGCGCAACGAACGUGAUCCAGGUAUGCCAGGUCACGUGCUCUUCAUCCUUUUCCGGCAGAUCAUCAGCACGGUUGGUUCAUUGCAGGGAGUCAGUCUGCUGCCGAUGAAAACUUUGAAACCUAAGAAGGAAAGUGGAAAGUGUAUAAACUUAACCAGAUACAACAGUUAA